AUGGCUACUAGCUACAAGCAGCAGUUUUCCCUUGGAGUCCGUUGCUUUCACAACGGUCCACAGAAGCAGAUCGACUUCACACCCAUCACUCAUGCACAGUCGGUCGUGUGUAAGGAUGUGGCGGAGACUCCGGUAUCGACGCCCGUCGCAUCCCCAGAGCAGCAGCGCAAGUUUGAUCUCCUGUCACAAUGUGAGCAGUUUACGAGUUUGCCUUCGACGCAGAACAAUGGGAAGGAUGACGCUGACACGACGCAGGCACCGGUAGCGGGAAUACGCAGGGACAACCACGUUAAGGAUUUCACGUGGAAGCCACGCUACUCGUAUCAGCUGUCCAGCAAGGAUGACCACCGCGAUGCCACCUACGACUUGGACGACAGUGGCAUAUGGUUCUCCGCUCGCAGCUCUAGUGACGAGUGUCUAAAUGAUGAGAAGGUGGCGCCCCCGCCUGCACCGACCCCGCCGAAAUCAACGAAGCUGACCAUGAAGAGGAGAGUCUUGCGCCGGACAGUGGUCAGCAAGAGUGGCAAGGAGGAAACGAACAUCACCGUCAUGCCGGUAGAGGUCUCUCACAGCGGCAAGCGCUCGCCGAAGAUCGACCACCUCGUGGCACUCUUCAAGGAAUCGACGGAGCAUUUCGAACUCAGCAGCAAGUCGCUGUACGAAAUCACCAACGGCAUCAGCCUGUCGCCGCGCAGCCUUCCGAAGAACGCAGCCACCGCCUGAGCUCCCGCACAGUGGUGCCAUCUGGCAGCAGGUGCGGGAAAGUCGCGCGGUGGGUGCGAGGCGUUUUUUGUGUUGAAUUUCAUUCAGGUCUCAGUGAUACUAGUCUAGCUUCGAGAACAGUUGUAUGUGUGUUGGAUAUUGGAAUUGACGUCCCUGUUCCGCAUGAACGAACCGUACGGUAGCAUUGUUAACAUAGUAAUUAGGAACUUCUGGCUUAGGACUGUCUUUCCAGAAGAUCCCCCCCCCCAUUUUGGCACUCCAGUUAGGCACCCUCUUACUUUAUCAUCGUUUGGCCUUAUCUCUGUGACCUUUCAUCGAUCUUGCUCUCUAUUUGUCUCCACCCUAAUCUCCGCAUAUACUCCCCUGACUGCUGCGCGAUGGUGUAAACCGAAUGUUGUAGGUGGUCGUCAAGUGUAGGUGGUCGUCAGGUGUAGGUGGUCGUCAAGUGUAGGUGGUCGUCAAGUGUAGGUGGUCGUCGAGUGUAGGUGGUCGUCAAGUGUAGGUGGUCGUCGAGUGUAGGUGGUCGUCGAGUGUAGGUGGUCGUCGAGUGUAGGUGGUCGUCGAGUGUAGGG